UAUCUGCCGGUUAGGGCUUGCAGGAAAGAUGGAGUAUCCCGCGUUGGGCACCGUGGAGGCAGCGGACAGUGGAGGGGCCCGGCCAUACAACAGCUCCGAGGAGCGAGAAGGACGGGAACCGGACGGGCUGCGCUUCGACCGCGAGAGGGCGCGCCGCCUGUGGGAAGCAGUGUCCGGGGCCCAACCAGUGGGGAGGGAGGAAGUGGAGCACAUGAUCCAGAAGAACCAGUGUCUCUUUACCAAUACCCAGUGUAAGGUUUGCUGCGCCUUGCUCAUUUCUGAGUCCCAGAAGCUGGCACACUACCAGAGCAAAAAACAUGCCAACAAAGUGAAGAGAUACCUAGCAAUCCAUGGAAUGGAGACAUUAAAAGGGGAAACGAAGAAGCUAGACUCAGAUCAGAAGAGCAGCAGAAGCAAAGACAAGAACCAGUGCUGCCCCAUCUGUAACAUGACCUUUUCCUCCCCUGUCGUGGCCCAGUCGCACUACCUGGGGAAGACCCACGCAAAGAACUUAAAGCUGAAGCAGCAAUCCACUAAGGUGGAAGCUCUGUCGAAACGCCUUACAAACCCUUUCCUUGUGGCCUCCACCUUAGCCUUGCACCAGAAUAGAGAGAUGAUAGACCCAGACAAGUUCUGCAGCCUCUGCCAUGCGACUUUCAACGACCCUGUCAUGGCUCAACAACAUUAUGUGGGCAAGAAACACAGGAAACAGGAAACCAAGCUCAAACUCAUGGCACACUAUGGGCGGCUGGCAGACCCUGCUGUCACUGACUCAUCAGCUGGGAAGGGCUACCCCUGCAAGACGUGUAAGAUAGUACUGAACUCCAUAGAACAGUAUCAAGCUCAUGUCAGCGGCUUCAAACACAAGAACCAGUCACCAAAAACAAUGGCAUCACCCCUGGGCCAGAUUCCAGUGCAAAGGCAGCCGAUUCAGAAAGACUCAGCCACCUUGGAAGACUAGAGAUAUUUCUGUCUGGCAUCCCAGGGUGAACCAGCCAUGAGCCAGCUUCCCAUGACCAUGGUCAGCCCUUGGCUCCCUCUUCCUCGUUUCUUAUACCUGGAGAACACAUAGGCCUAAGGCAGGAGUGGGCCACAGGUAGCCUCCGAUUGGUCCAAGGAAAUUCACCCCUGCUUUUCCCCUUUGGAAUGGGCCCUGUAGGUUGGGACAAGGGAAGGGGGUGAAUCCUGAGAGGACCUGGGGCCUCACGGGGUAGCAGUUUGGAGGAUGGCCUUUCCCCUUCCCCAGCCUCUUUGGGCCAUAUGUCAUGAGCCCCAGGCCUGUCUUUCCUCUGCAGGUCAGUUCUGAACCAGUGUCUGCAGCUAAAGAACCGAGCUCUCCCUGGGCUCUAGGCAGCUCCAGUGAAACCUGGAGCUUUCACACCGGACCUUGGCCUAGGUGGGAAAGGGUAGAUGGAACUGGCUGCUCCACGGAAGCUUGGAGCUAAUAUGACACUCCCCUUUUCCUCAAAAAGUACAGGCUUUCCUGAGCCUGCGACCAGACGCUGGCCAGUUAGACAGCUUUCUGCCCACUGCGAGGUUUCCUCCUGGAGCAAUGACACAGUCCCGGCAGAGCAGUGCUGUCCUUCCUGUCCCUGCUCCACGGUUCCUGAAUGGUGCUAAGGAUCUGCAGCAGCUGGGGAAAAGCUAGAGCUGGAGGAGGCCUCAGUACCCUAUGGCAUCAUGGAAAGCUCCAAGGGGGGCCUUUCCCCUCCUCUGUCAGAGAGGUGCUCUGACCCAGGGGCAUGUGGGCAAGUCCCCAUAUGCAAAUUCCUCUGAUGGUUCUGUGCCAUUAAAGGCAAACCACCUCAUGCCAGCCAGCUCUGAGGUUCAUCGCUGCUCCUUGGCCCUCUAGCCCUCUCCUUCUCCUUAUGCAGCAGACCACCUGCCCAGGUUGCUGUGGUGCUAGCCCUCUCCCAUCAUCCACCAGGAGAUUCCUGGGUACCAGGGAACAGGCUACGACCCCCAGGGAAAGAAAAGAGAGCUGGUACAGGUUUCUGCAAUGAGGAAAAAGAUGUUUCCCAGGCCCCAAGCUUCGAUUUCUCCAACUCUGCUGUGUUUUAUAGCUGAGGACUUCAAUGGGAGUGGAUUUUUCCUUGUAGCUUUCAAGCAGGAAUUCCAAGGAGUGUCACCAUCAUAGGCCCCUCUUCAUUGAGUCAGAGAAGCUCCUAGCUGCUCUCAUGGCCUUGUCCCCCGAUUGCCUGUCCCUUUGCCUGUGAAACGCCUUGCUGUAUUGUGUAUGGGUGUGUGUGCGUGCGCAUAUGCUCUGUCUCUUGGUCACUGAAGCAUCUAAAUAAAGAAUUUCUCCCAUGA